CCUCUGUAGCCUACGACACAUCAAGUCACCCAUUGCCUGCCAUUAUCUUCUCUGGGAUUCACCACCACGCCGUCUUUGAAUCCACAUUCUCUUAUAUUCAAUUGCUGGACACGUACAGCUUAUACAGCUUAUAUAAUACCGAACCUACUCUCUACAACCUUCUACGAUGUUCAACCCCGACUUCUUCGAUGCCAACGACCCGGCACAGAUGUACAAUAUGCUUCAGUCUGGAGCUAUGCGUGGAGCGCCUGCGCGGCGCUUCGAUGAGUACUAUCGCUGCUAUCCUACCGUCAUGAUGUCCGGGCCAAGUCGCGACUACUUAAACUACGGAGGGAAGAUCAUCAUGCCACCGUCGGCACUGGACAAACUCACGAGGUUGCAUAUUACAUAUCCGAUGCUAUUUGAGCUCAUCAAUAAGCCGAAGAAGGCACAAACACAUGCUGGAGUACUGGAGUUUGUGGCAGAGGAGGGGAAAGUGUACCUACCACAAUGGAUGAUGAACACGCUACAUCUCGAAGUCGGAGACCUAAUCCAGAUCAAAUCCACAAACCUCGCAGAUGCCAAGCUCGUCAAGCUACAACCGCAAUCCCCCACCUUCCUCGACAUCAGCGACCCCAAGGCCGUCCUCGAGAACGCCUUCCGAAACUUCUCCACACUCACCAAGGGCGACAUCUUCAGCUUCCACUACAACGACACCGUGUACGACGUCGCCGUCUUAGAAGUCAAGCCCGAGAGCGACAAAAUGGGCGUCAGCAUGAUCGAAACAGACGUCGAAGUCGACUUCGCCGCCCCAGUCGGCUACGUCGAGCCCGAGCGCACAAAGGGCAGCGGCACCAGCACACCCCACAGCACCAAAGGCGGCAGUCUACCCGCCGGAGGCCUCCUGCACAACCAAGGCACAAUGGCGCAGUCAAUAAACUACGACGCCAUCUCACCCAACUCCACCGCCGCCACAUCAGGCGCCAAAGCCGUGUCCUCCAACUUCCUCCUCAGCGGACAGAAGCUAAAUGCGAAGAAGGGAGGGAAAGCCCCGACACCAAAACCAUCAACACCCGUCGCUGGGGCAUCGACGAACGCCCCCAAGGCCGCCGCAGCGAUCGCGAGGUCGAGCGGGCCGCAACCGCUCCGCUUACCGACGAAUAAGCUGUUCUUCGGAUACGACAUCAAGCCGCUCAAGACAGAGGAGAACCGCGAGAAGGAGAACGCAGACGCGAUGCAACCCGCGUUCGCAGGGCAGGGACAGACGCUCCGCGGGGGCGCGAAGCGGAAGGGCGACAACACGGAGGAGGCGAGCAAGGAGGAGGCACCCAAGAAACCGGAGCCGAGCGUGGGGCGCAGGCUGGACGGGAGGAAACCUUAGGACUGAUUCCCGAGGACGUGGAUUCUGGAGAUUUUUCAAGGGCAGGCUUUGCUUUUCGGGUCAGGGUGCGUGCGGGAUUGAGGUGUUGGGCAAGGUGGGAUGGGGAGGGAUGGACGGGCAUAUGGGUUGUUUUUUUAGUUCGGAAGGACCAAUCGUGUUAUACAGCCUUGGUUGGUUGAUCUCGUGGAGGCUAUUGUCGUCAUGUUGCUGCUUGAUUUCGACGAGUGGGUGGGUGUAUGCCGGUCAGCUGAACCAGGUAGUUGGUGCAUCAAAUCUCCGGCUUUUCGGAGCUAUCAUCACUCUAGUAAUAUAUCGAACUAUAUCACGCUGUGUAUAGAUCGAUAAUCAGACUCACCCUCGCCAACUUGACAAAUCCAAACCCCAAAUUACCCAACUCCCCACCCUCAGCCCCAG